AUGUCGACCUCAACCACAACCCAAACGGACCACUCCGUCCGUCUCGCCGCCGCAGAAGACCCCCACGUCCCCUCCGCCGCCACAGAUACCAAAUUCCAAUCUCUCGCCCGCGGAGACCGCGCCGGCACGCUGAAACUACGCGGUAUCCCGACCUUCUCAGAUGUCCACGCCAAGCGCCAGUGGGUGAGGGAGCACAUGGCUGCUGCGUUUCGGUUUUUCGGGAAACAGGGCUACGGCGAGGGCGUGAGUGGACAUAUCUCCGUCCGAGACCCCGUCCUGAAAGACCAUUUCUGGAUGAACCCCUUCGCCAAACACUUCUCCACCAUCAAAGCCUCGGACCUGGUCCUUGUCGACAGCGAGGGAUAUGUCACCGAAGGCGGGGCGCAAUUGCCCAUCAACGAGGCUGGGUUCAUGAUCCAUUCGGAGAUUCACAAGGCCCGGCCCGAUGUUAUCUCUGCGGCGCAUACGCACAGUAUCUACGGCAAGACGUGGAGUGCGUUUGGGAAGCCGAUUGAGAUGCUUUCUCAGGACGCAUGCAACUUCCACGGCCGACUCGGCAUAUAUGACGACCACGCUGGCAUUGCGCUCUCUCAGGAAGAAGGUCGGCAGAUUGCGCAGGCGCUGGGGAAGGAGAAUAUCGCUUGCAUUCUGCAGAAUCACGGUCUUCUAACCGUCGGUCAAACUGUCGACGAAGCAGCAUUCCUCUUCUCCAGUCUGGAAAAUGCUUGCCACGCACAACUGCUGGCUGAAGCUGCGGCUGCGAAUGGAGUGCCGAAGAAGAUCAUCAAGGAUGAAGUGGCGAAAUACACCGCUGAGACGGCGCAGAAUCCGCAUAAUCUCUAUACGGAGUUUCAACCGGAGUUUGAGCUGAUUGUUGAGGAGACGAAUGGACGCGUUUUGCAAUGA